GUCGGUCUGUUGAUUGUCCACUGUGGUAUGAGACCAUUAACGGAGACGCAUCUCACAGUCCUGUCUUAAUGACAGUAAAGCGGAGUCUUGUUUGUAACACGGGCCUGUGGGUGUAGCAGAGAGGAGGUCUAACUGUAGCUAACGUUACACAGACACACAGCGAAGCUAGCAUGCCAAACGGUUAUCAACCGCGCACAACGUUCCGCCUUAUAACAACCAUCACAAAGCUUCCUAUGCUAACCCCAGGAGCAACACUACGAGUACUAGCUCGCUGUACGUAGCAGUGGUUUCUAGCGACACCGCGAAAGGGUUACGAUGUUGACAAUGACAACUUGCCGGGUCGAGCUAACGAAGCUAGCACGUAGGGAUUAACUCGAGCAAAUUAGGAAGUCAGAUGAACGCUGGGUAUCAUACUCACAGGCUGACAGGCUUCACUCGCGGCUGUCCAAUGCCGUGGAGCUGGGAAAUACAGAGGGCGACUUCCGAUGAUGGCUGGGCAUUUGACGUUAGUCGGAAGCAGAGUGCGACCUGACUGCAACCGAUGCAUACCGCCCCCUGCAGGAUGGAGUGUGCAGUGUCAUGUCCUCCAGGCUGCAGCAGAGAAAGCUUCGUGUCGCGAGUGGGACCAGAGCAGGGGAGUUUUGCUGACAGUCCCCGGGCAGUGAGCACAGGAGACUACCGGAGAGUACAGCAGCUGAAAAAGUUUCCAUCCGUCUCGUUCCCGCUCGAGCGGAGGCUGCUGCUAAAUCACCUCGUCAGCCCGCCCGCCUCCAGCUGCAGCCAGGUUGCUAUGGUGAACAGCAGGGUGGAGACACCCACGGUGGCAGUGAUGGGUGGUGGCGGGGGUGCACCGGGAAGGUCAUGUGCAGGAUGUGGAGGUCGUAUCGCAGACCGCUUCCUGCUCUUCUCUAUGGAGCGGUAUUGGCACACACGAUGCCUCAAGUGCUCGUGCUGCCACGCUCAGCUGGGCGAGUACAGCAGCACCUGCUACAGUAAAGGAGGCAUGAUCCUCUGCAAGAACGACUACAUCAGGCUGUUUGGACACAGUGGAGCCUGCAGUGCGUGUGGACAGUCCAUACCAGCGAGUGAGAUGGUGAUGAGAGCACAAGGCAACGUUUACCACCUCAAGUGUUUCACCUGCGCGACCUGCAGGAACCGCCUGGUCCCUGGUGACCGCUUUCACUACAUCAACGGGACUAUCUUCUGUGAACAUGACCGGCCGGGAGCAGGUCUGCUCAGUGGACACCCAGCCUCACUGCAGACCAGCAGCAUGAUGUCUGACCAGAAGGUCUGCUGAGGAGGAAGAAGUUGGAAAACCAGAUGUGUGCCUUCUCCCCCCACUUUUCUCCUCUGUUUCUCCUUCACCCUCCUCCUCCACCUGUAAAUCCUGCCAUUGGCUGACUUCAUUCUGAUGGACUGUCACUCCACAGUCUGGAUGUAGUCAUACUGCUACAGCUCCAGUGUUUUGUUGGAGGCUCAAGAAUGCUGAGGAUGGUUGGAAAGUGUUGAUGCAGUAGAAUGUUGUCUGCUGUGAACUAUGGCCAUAUUACUGAUAAGAACUAACAUGGGAGACUGUCAUGGAAGGAUCAUGUUUGUGUGAGUUCAGCGGAAUCAUCUGUAACCUUUACCCAGCGAGCCAGAGUUGGUGUUGAAUAAACAAGCAACAACUGACAGCUAUGUGAUUCCUGCUGAAGAUGAAGUAUAUUUCCAAAACAAUCAGUGAGACCACGCUUGUACUGUGACCAUAUGUUGGUUUGAGGAAACAUGUAUGGAUCUCCUGAGUCGUGAUGUCAGCUGCUGGAUGUUUCCUUUCACACUUCAGGAGACAGCUGAACAACAAAACAUCUAUAUUGAUACUUAGACUUGUUCUCUGUGUGAUGCUGUAUGAAAUAUUCAACAAACAUGUUAGUGUCUGGGCUUUUCUUUUGUUUUUGUGAUAGUCUGAAGUGAUAGCAUUCCUACCAAAGACAGAGGAGCUUGAGUUCUCCAACUUUUGUACAAAACUGGUAUCUUCUGGUAGCUAAAAUGUACUUAUACAGGACCAAACCAGGUUUUGUCAUGUUUUAGCCCAUUAACUACAAAUUGUGUAUAAAGGGCAUUUAUUUACCUUAUUGAUAGACAGAGAAAAAGAGAGAGAGAGAGAGAGAGAGACAGAGAGAGGGGGAGAAAGAGAAGCCCUUAUUUCUAAUUAACCCUGUUAUCCAGUUCACAGAUUUACAUGUUCUGGUGUGUAAAUUCAUGCUUUCCAAAAGUUUUGUCUCUGGUCGGCUCCACUGGUGUUUAUAGCUUCCUGAAUGAACAAAAACUUCACCAGCACACAUGUCAUAGACAGAUUAUGAUCUUCAUUAGCUUAAUUCUCACUACCCAGCAGGCCACUAAUGUUACAGCUUUGUAAUGGUCUUUGUAUGAUGUUAGCAAGCUAACUGCUGGGUGCUAAUCAAAGUCACACACGGUUGCCGAGCAAAUGAAUUCCUGCAGUUUGAACAUUUGUUUUUUCUUAAACGGUGCCAUAUCGUUGUUUUUUUGUUUUAUUUUCUAGGGCUAUCAAGUAACUUCACAGCAGCAACACACACAUGGUGCUUCACCUAAGGUUGAGUUGUAGCAGCGGAGGUGUCAGACAAGCACAGAUAUGUUUUUGCAUGUUGUCAAAGCCUCAGAGGUUGUGCCCCCGCCGCUGUGAUUUACAGCUAUGUGAUUUGACAAACAAGCCAUUCGUUUAUAUGACCCCCAUCACCCACUUGGUCUAAAAUGUACCGGUCUGUGCAGCUGACAGCAGAGCAGUGGUGCUAAACUCUUUCAUUCAACAGAAUGCUAAAUCUGGCAGUCUGACACUUACCAGAAGAACAAUGUUAGAUCUUUGCAGAGGUAGUUCUCAAGUCAUGCUGGGGAUACUCACAUUGGGACAGGAAUAUUUAAAUGACUUUAUUUCUGACCUAGGCAGCCCACAAAAAAACAGGUAUAUCUUAUUUUUCUCUCUUACAUCACAGUUUGUAGCUUUGGCCAUUGAUUCUGUCAGUGAUGAUAACAUAACGUGACAUGAUACACAACAUCAAGCCAUCAUAAAACAACCUGUGCAGUCCUUAAAAGCAGCAAUGCCAUAGAUUCAGCCUUUGUUGUUAAAUUGUGACAUAUGUAUAUGAAGGAAGAGUUUGUAGAGCUUCUAACAGUGGGGCUUCUUCUCUGUAUUUCACCUAUAUUCCCCAAAGGCCUAAACCUGAUUCCAGUAAGUAAGCUGUUCUGGGUACAGCAUUAAGGAGAUUUGUACAAUGAUUCCUGACUUUGGUAGGAAUGCAACCACAGUACUUCAGAUCACAGCCCUCCCUCCAUAUGAAUGGCCUUUCUUUAAGCUUUCUCAUGAUGUACUUUCUCCUUCUUCGGCCGUUAAUGGUCAUCAGACAACAUGGACACUUUUAGAGUCCAUACAGUGUUUGUAAUUGUGUUUGGAAAGAAUAUUCUACAAGCCAUUUAGCAGCAAAGACAUAUACUGUGCAUUCUAAAUGUUUAUUGCAGUAAUGGUCAAGUUUUUACAGUGGCUCACCUGUUUAUAGUUUAUGAAGUGUCGAAGGAUUAGGAAGUGCACUAAUAUCCUGUUGUGAUGUGUACUACAGUGUAUGAGUCAUGUUUUCUGUGUUGCACUUUGUGUUUUGGUUUUUUUUUUCAGUCAGGUCUUCGGGUUUUGUUGCUCUUAACUGUGUAUGAAAAGAAAUUAAGUCCUCUCAGAAGAACUAAUAAUAAUGUAGCCUUUGAGCAGCUACAGCUGCAGUAAGUGUGUAGCAGCAAGUUACAGUUAGCUGCUUCAGACUGACGAAGAAGUAAGAAACGCUGGCGGUUCUCAGACAAACAUGGCUGAUUACCCCCAGGAAUGGGAUUUCAAAGGCCUGAGCUGAGGCCAUUACAGAAGCAAUUAAAGUGGGAUGCGCUGGAGGCCUGCAUGGGCUUGAGCUGCGCUCCUGUGUUGCAGCCUAAUGAGGCCUAAUCUGGUGAGCUGGUCUAAUUAAAAGGGAGGGAGCUUUUUCCUGUGGGGUCCAGGCAGCCAGCAGUUUGUGCUCUCUUUAACCGUCUGAAGAGUCAGAAUAUACAUUGUUUUAAACCUUAGAAAGUUUCUCCAUCUUCAUUCUCUGUCUGUUCAAAUUAAAACCUUUAACUUGA